AUGCCCGCCAUUCCCUUGGACUGCGGCUUUAUUUAUAAUGAGCUAACACCAAUCGUGUACUCGCGUAGAGUGUUUAUCAUUUUAUACGACAACACCAAUGGUCUUGCCAGUCUGCAAAACCUCAGUGACCAUGGUCUUAAACACAUGCGGGAUCUAACAGUUGUCCUCAGCCAUGAACGCUGUGUUCACAAAAAAGAUGACUCAUGGCUUUUUACUCGACGCGAAGAAACCUAUUGCUUCACCCGUCCACUACUAUUAGAAAAAUCCCAAAAUCCCAACGAGCACGGAACAAAAGUGCUGAGAGAGUGGAAGCGGGCGUCGGAAAUGCUGGCCGCUCGUAUCACACCAGGGAGACUACAUUUACAGUUAAUUUGCUACGUUGAAAACUUCAACACAGGAGAAACCAUGGUGGCCCCAUUGGCGAAGCUACCAGUUUUGAAGAACUGCAGCAUAUCCCUAGGUAGCAACAAUGGGCUCGCCGAGUUAGCACGUAUUUCAAGACUUCGGGCGAAAGGGGUGCUACUCAGAAAUGUUGAAUACGUGGAAAAGCCAUUUAGAUACGAAUAUCUGCCAUGUGAAAUCAGAUUAAUAAUUCUUGAGAAUACAGGUUUGGUUCCUGGGGGUGGCAAAAUCUGUUGGACGACGAAACAUGGGUAUUCUCUCCAAAACUCCGAUUGGUGUUUGAACCAUCACGAUUUAAGAAACUCGGUGUAUUACUACUGCUACUGUAAUACAUAUCAUGCGUCUGCUGUCAGUAAGCAAUGUUUGUGCUGGGAACCUCCUGUAGCUUUAUGGCAAGUCAGCCGUGCCUUUCGCGAAGACGCUCUACGCGUAUUCUUCGGAAAAAACAGGUUCAUUAUAAUGCAUGAUGACAAGAAGUCAUGUAUGAGCCAACCGUCUUCUUUUUUAUCGUGGGCUGUUCCAAGGGAUGGACUGAAAUACAUUCGUUCCCUCGAGGUUGUUCUCAACGGGGACGGAAAUUCUUACAAUGAAGACCCUUCCCAAUAUCGAUAUCCCCACCAGGAUCUCGUGGAAUAUUUGGAGAGGACAAGAGAUGAUUGGACUCCAUUAGGGCUCACGUUAUCAGUAUAUAUUGCCACGGUGACACCUAUAAACGAACUACAGAGUACUGAGAAUGCUAUCUCUUAUGAGGGUAAAAUUAUGUACGAUUGCUAUUACAGUUUCUUCACUGCUCUGUCGGGAUUCCGUAGCCUGAACCGAUUAUUUGUAUACGCGCUAGAACAGUGGUGGGGUGAGGUCAGAUUCGAUAUAGGUGAUAUUGAAUAUGACAGUGGAGGAACCUGGGACCACUUAGAGAAGUCUUUGGAACAACUCACCAUGGGGCGCCAGUAUGGUAGCAACGAUGUGGGCAAGUGGCCCGAUAUACAUGAAAUCAAUUGA